GAGAGUGAGCCGAGAGCAUCGUCCGUCCUGUCUACUCCCGGCGCUGCUCCGAAGGCCCGUCGAAAAAAAGCCUCUUGCUGGAUCUCGCUGCGCCGGAGAUGAUGCCGAGCAAAACGCCGCGCAAAGGCGCGCCGCGCAACCCCUCGCUGCGCAAACCCGCGCCCCCAGACUCGGAGGCGGUGCGGGAAUGCGCUUUGGAGCUACGCAGGAUAGGGGACAAGUGGAACCUCCGGCAGAAGAUCCUCAACCUGAUUUCAAAGCUUUUCUGCCCUGAAACGUGAGAAGAGAAAUCAAAGAAAAUUUCAGAAGACCCAACCUUUACUUGUGUGGAGUCGUAAAAAGAGACUUCCGUAAGACAGAGGAGGUGAAACGUUUCCUGUGCAUUUCUGCAGCCAGUUUCCUGUGGAGAAAAAAAGGCUCCUGUGAUAUGAUUUCUUCAGAAAAAUCAUAUCGUGAAAGUUUGCUUGCAAAUGGAAGGAACUGGAGAGGAGAGAACUGGAAUUUACUGUUUACCAGCCAUGUUGGACUGUGAUGGGCACUGGAAAAGGAAGGAAUCUGGGAGGGGUGCCCCAACCCAGAGUUCAACGUUCUGAUUUCCAUAGGUCUCGAAUUCAUUCACUCAGCUGUUAUACUGUAUUGAAAAUUUAUGGGAUUUCAUGCAUACCAACGAGCAGCAUUCCACCACCACCACUCCGCUCUAAACUCUGGACAGUGCAAAUCAGUUUAUCAGCUCUUUGUAAUUCCCAUUUCCUAGGAAUUGGAAUCCCAGGCUAAACUAAACUAGGGAAAGGAGUAUUUUGCUACUGUGUUUGUUACAGCGAAAUGAAUGUAAGCUGUUACAUACAAUCAUAGAAACGUAUAGUUCUAUAAUCAGCUAUGUAAUACAUUACGUUCAAAAAAUUUUUUUUAAAAAUGUAUUACACUGCAAUGCUAUCAAUUUGCAACGCUAAAGCGAGUAGAUUUGCAGUGCCAAUGUACCAAUAUAAGUCCUCCAGAUAGGACAUAGUAUGAUUACUUAUUUUUGUUGCAACUAUAAUGGAUUACUUUUGGGUUAUCAGCUGGAACCAAAUAUGUUCCAGUGAAUGUUCAAAGCAGGCAGGCAAGGCUGCUUGAAAGUACACCGGAGGGCUGUAAAACAGAAACCCUUCAAUAGAAGUUACAGUAUUCUUAAGAUGAGUUGUACAACUUUAGCUAGCAGUUAACAGAAUACAAUUUCCCAUUCAUAACAAAUGUGACAAAUUCCCUUACAGUGUUAGGCUUAAAUGGAGGAAGCUGUAGAAAGAAAGGAGCAAAUGAAGAGUUACAUUUCAGAGGGGAAAUAUGGCUGCUUUUUCUUUUUACACUAAGAAAACCAACCAUAUUAUUCAAAAUGUGUCAGGAAGAUGAAAUGUUACAGCUGCUUUUCAAAUGGGGGAGAGCUAACAAAGAGAAAUUUAACCCAAUCUAGAGAUGGAUGCGAUAUCAGGUGUGCCAGCAGGGAUUCCCAUUCAUUACAGUGGGAGAAGUUGAUUUGUGCAUUCAGAAAAAUCCUAGCUACCAGCAUGAAAAUGAACCCAAAAGGUUUUUAAGUCUGAAUGUGCUGUAGAUCUUCAAGGUACUAAUUGCCCAGUUUGGAGAUCUGACAUUAAACAAACUGCAGGAUUAAGUCUCCAACAUUUUUAUUUCACGUUCCACCUAGCAGGUUAAUGAAAUGCACUUGAGUCCUGGUUAGAAGGCACAUUACAACUAUAGCAUCCUCCUGCCAAAACAAGUGCACAUUCUUCAGUAAUUUUCUUAAGACACCAUAUUUCAAAGCCAGGAUAUUAGCUUUGAUCCCCCUUACCCCCGUCAGACUGCCUUCCAUAAAAGUGUAAACAGCUAAAAUAGUUGACCUCAAUGAAAAGCUGGCAAAUCUUUUUCUGUUAGUGAAGUGUCAUUUCAACAAAAUUUGAUUUUCUAAGAUUGCUUUCAUCUAGUACAUGUUGCCAGAUUCUGGCUGAGUUAAGUGUUCAGGCAAACAAAUAACUCUGGAAGUAUGAAGUGUCAUUUCAAACAUAUGGUAGAAGACUUUAUUUAUACUGUGUGUUGCUGUUGUUUGCAAUGGUGAAUCCCUCUCCCCUUUGUAUAAUGUUUUGAUGUUGGUGUAUUUCCCGGCUAUAUGUGUUUAUGUCAGAAAGAUUGUUUACAGCAAAAUAGCUUGUUCAAAGUGUUCAAGGGUCAUAUUCGCAAGCAACCUGGUUCAUGCUUCUUUGCAAGCAAGUUUCAUCCAUUGCCUUCCACAAUGGGCUUCUUGUUUUCAUUUCUACAAAUAUUUGUGCUGACAUUUGCUGAGUUAAUAAACCGGAUGUGUGUGUUGUUGUUGUUUUUUGUAAAAAUAAAUAAAUCAAUCCUUUGGAUUAUAAUUUCUGUGGAAUUUGAAUACAUAUACAUUAUGUCUCUUUUGCAGUUGACAAUAAAGCUGUAACAGCUGUAUUAUUGUUAUCUCUGUUGUUGUUGUUGUUGUUAUUUGCCUUCCCACAUAUAUGUCCCAACAUGGUGUACAAAAUAUAAUUAAAAACAGCUUUAAAACUCCAGUUAAAAAUAGUACAAAAAUAUCAGAUGAUGUAUUUAAAACACUGUAAAGUAGACAACCCUAUAGAUAAUUUUAAGGAGGGUGAAAGCAAAUUGCCAAUAUUCCAUCACAAUUUAGGGCAGAGGGGGCUGGAAUAGGAGGAGGGAGUUGCAGCGCUGGGUCUUUUUUUAUUUUUAGAGCUGGAGCAUGAUAGACCCUCCUUGCUCUGGCAAGUGAAUGAGGUGAUAACAAGGCUUUCAAGUUUUACUAUGGUUUGUUUCAGAAACAAACCAAAGUAAGUUCCAUCAUAUUGGUAAUUUUAGACUUUGAACU